AUGGCGAUGAUUUUAUACUUUGUACUUUUAUCAAGUCUCCUUUAUAACAUAAAUGGUAACGAUGGUGCUAAUACAUACACCAUUGAUGAUUCUGUUGGUUAUGGAAGAACUUUUACUGGUAUAGGAGCAAUCAGCGGUGGAGGGGCCACAUCAAAACUACUUGUGAAUUAUCCAGAGCCGCAAAGAUCUGAAAUUUUAGAUUACUUAUUCAAGCCUAAUUUUGGUGCUUCACUUGACAUCUUCAAAGUCGAAAUAGGUGGUGAUGUUCAAAGUACAGAUGGAACAGAAGCUUCUCACAUGCAUUAUGGUUGGGAUGAAGAUUAUACACGAGGUUAUGAAUGGUGGAUGUUACAAGAAGCUAAAAAGCGAAAUUCCGAUAUCAAGCUCUAUGGGUUACCAUGGGGGUUCCCUGGAUGGCUGAGAGAUGACAAUGACCUUCCCUGGAAAAACAUACCAACAACAGCUGAUUAUAUAGUCAAGUGGAUUAAUGGUGCUAAAGUUCAUUAUAAUCUUAAUAUUGAUUAUAUCGGCGUUUGGAACGAGAGUCCGUAUAACAUAACUUAUAUAAAGACAUUACGUAAAUCUUUAGAUAAGGCUGGUUUCGGCAACACGUUAAUUGUAGCUCCUGAUGAGUUCCAUUGGGUUAUAGCUGAUCAAAUGGCUAAUGACACAGAAUUAGCCAAUGCUAUUUACGCUAUUGGGUCCCACUAUCCAAAAACACAAAGUACUACUAAUGCUAAGAAUUCUGGAAAAUCACUCUGGGCAUCUGAAGAUUUUGUUUGGGGAAGAAAUUUAGCAGAGAAUAUUACAAUACUUUAG